AUGCUGAGGCAAGCGUCGAGUAGGAACCAUAGAGUGAACGGGGGGUUCAGGGAGAAGAACGCGCUCCAGAUCGGCGUUCUGGUCGCCGUCUGCCUCUGGCUGCUCUACCGGAUGAAGUGCUCUCACGACCAGAGGAAGGCAUAUGAGGACAGGUUCGGAGAUGAUGAGAGGGUCGCCAUGUUCGGCAGGGAGGGGCUCCUCCCUGACACGUUCGAGGCGGCUUCGCUGCCUGCGGAAGGCAGAACACAUGUGGUGAAGCAUGAGGAACUCGAGAAACAAGAACACGAGGAGCGAUCGCAUGAGGCUCAAGAACAGAGUUUUAAGGGCGACGACGCUUCCAGCGAGGUCGUCCAUGGCGGCCACGAAGCAGAGCACGAAGAACGGGCGCAGGCGGCGCAAGAAAGAAGCUUCGAAGCUGAUGAUGCCUCCAGUGCUGUCGAUCAUGUCGUUCGAGUUAAAGAAUCCGAAUCUGGAAAUAUACUGUUCGAUCCAGCUGAAACAACUAAUUCCAGCCUUGUUCAUGAAGGAACAGUGCUGGAGAAGAGGCCUUCCUCAAGAACAGCACCUGGUGAAUCAGAUAAGCAAGAAGAAAUCAAUGUGCGGGACAAUCAUACUGCAAUAUCUGAAGACUGGAGAGAAGCAGAGAGAAACCAGUCGACGGCGGUGCAUCCAACCAUUGCUGUUGCUACAGCUGAGCCGGAAGUCCCAUGGCAAGAGGAGUCCGAUUCACCGGAGACGACGAACAACGUAGAGAGUAUCAAGUGACGAUGUGUGAUAGGCUUGUUGUAGUAGUAGUAUGAGAUUAUAAUUUGAUCAUCCA